AUGCCCGAGGACGCCCCUUAUGACCCCUACAUCCCCAGCGGCGAGGCCGCUCCCGCACAAGGCGCUGGUGGUGGAUCGCGGACACAGGCGCUGCAAGCGUGCGUGGUGACGUGCGGAAGCAACAUGUGCGGCAACACCAUCGAUCCGGGCCACAACCUUGGCCGAACAAUUCACACCACACGCUCUCCCAAACCAGUUCGCAUACGCGUCGCCGUUGAUGAAGUUGCUUGCUGGGACUGGCUUUUCGAAGCUUUCCGCACGACCCGCGUUCGUGGACUUGGCUGCACCGUCGGAGUUCACGGAAUGAGCCGCCGGGCUAGCGAAAUGCUGAUGCCUGGUGACCCGAUGCAUCCGCGAUGA